AUGAAUAUGUCAGCCAUGUUACUCCCACCAGCCCCACCCCCUCCCCCACCAAAACUACAACAAACUACAGAAUAUAUUAUAGAGGAUCUGAUAGAAGCUGGGUUAGAUAAUUUUCAUCUUGAAACACCUAUCGAACUAGGACAAGAAGGCUACAAAUUCUUUAAAGAAUUCUUAGACAGACGAGGUAGAGGAAGAGAAGAAAAUUGUUAUUUAUCUUUUGGUCAAACAGUUAAACCUAUUAUACAGAAAGGUCCACAGUGUGGUAUGGUAGCUUUAGCAAUGGCUGCCCAAUUAAUGAACAAGCCUGAAGUCAGUGCUGAGAAAAUAUUUAUUACAGCAAAAAUGAAGAAUUUUACCAAACAAGGAGAAAUUUUCUCUGCUGAAUAUAUAUCCAGAUUGGCACAUCAAGUGUUAAACUGUCAUUCCGAGGUAGUGGAAAUGGUCAAUGGAAAGAAAGGUAUAUUACAACAAUUAUUGAGAGGUUCAGUCUUAUUGGUUCCAUAUGAUGCUGAUAGAAAUCAUGGUCCAUGUAAAAAGAAAGGACAUAAAGCACAUUGGGCCUUAAUUUCAGGCUUCUUCUUGAUGAUGGAUAUGACACAUUUAAAAACCUUAAAAUCAAAUUUUACUGCUGACACAACACAUCGAAAUCUCUAUCACUGUACAGAUAUAGACAAUAUUAAAGUUUGUGAGGAGGAGCUUAUUAAAGCUACAAGAAGUAUAUUAGUUUAUGGACAUCAAGGAAAAAGUAAAUAUACAGGAUAUUGGUUUCUAAAUGACUUAUUAGACAGUAAUGCCAACCUUCGAGAGAUAGGUCCUGAGCGUAAUGACAGUGAAUAUGUGAUUCCAACUGGUGGAAUUACUGCUGGAUUGUGUGGAAAAGUUGUUGGACUAAUUAAAAAAGCUAACUGAAAUUUUUUUUGCAAAUGAAUUUCCACCGAUUUAUUGAU